CGUUACGUAUACAAACAGAAUCUUCAUUUGAUCUCAUCAGAAUAAACCAAACCCCCCUAUUCAAUUUUUUAUAUCAAUAAAAUAAUAAUUCUAAUUUCUUUAUUCCAUAAAUCAGUUUCACGUUUACUGUUAUAUAUAUAACGACUAUAUAUACAUAUACAUACAUCCAUCCAUCUAUAUCUUGAGUUGAUUUUCUUCUUGAGUUACAAUCUAUAAGCACAAUGACGUCACAUCCAAUCGCCACAGUCCUGGCACUAAUUCUGAUGGCCGGAGCUUUCAACGCCGGCGAAGUCACCGGAGACGGAGUGGUGUCGACAGUUGCUGAGCAAAGAGAAUUUGAUUACUUUGCAUUGGCUGUUCAAUGGGGACCAACUUACUGUUCACAAUCUACUAAAUGUUGUGCUCAAAGUGGUUGUUGCAGAGGGGAAAAUAAUCCAGCGGUAUUCACAAUCCAUGGACUAUGGCCAGACUACAAUGAUGGUACAUGGCCAUCAUGUUGUUCAGGUUAUGCGUUCAAUGAAAAUGAGAUAUCGACAUUGCAAGGUGUUUUGGACAAGUAUUGGCCGACACUAAGUUGCAGUAAAUCAUCAACAUGCCAUGGGAAAAAAGGACUCUUUUGGGCUCAUGAGUGGGAAAAACAUGGUACAUGUGCUGCUCCAGUAACGGGAGAUGAAUAUAACUAUUUUCUGACAACCAUCAAUUUGUAUUUUACGUAUAAUAUCACGGAAGUCAUUUUUGAAGCUGGAUAUGUACCUUCAAAUUCAGAGAAGUAUCCAUCAGGCGGAAUAAUCUCCGCCCUUGAAAAUGCUUUCCACUCAACCCCACAAAUAAUCUGCUCAAAAGGUGCUUUGGAGGAAGUCCGUAUAUGUUUCACCAAGGAUUUCAAGUUUAGAGACUGUGUAGGAGCAAGUGAUUGUCCCGAUUAUGUCAGCUUACCGGAGACGGAUGUCACGAGGGGUGCAGGUCUAUCUGCUUUUGGCCAUGAAUCCUCCUAAGUUGUUCACCUGCAUUUCAUUUCAAAACCUUACAUUUGUACCUCUAUUUUAUAGUUACAGAAUACCAUUUACAUUGAUAAGUCAAGCAGCUCUAAAGUGACACUAGCUAACUUCACCAUCUAACUUCAACCAACGGUGAAGCUUCAUUCUUAUUUGUAAAAUUCAUAGUUUGGAUCUUCUAUUUUUCUUUAUCUUACCUCCAUUAAAGUGCUGAA